CUGGGAAAGCUCCACGUCGUUACUUUUUGGCGACGACUCCCUUUCAACCCCCCCUACGCGACCAUCAAUAGCAGCCCGCAACUCGACAAGCCCUCCACACGACUAUUCGGGCAGGAUGGCGAACGCUCACUCGUUGCUGUACUCGCUGUGCAGCUUUCUGCUGCUGCUCGCGUGCGUGGACGCGCUGAAAUUCGACAUGGAAGCGUUUAGCAAGGGGGACAAGAAGGGUCAGCGAUGCAUCAGGAAUUUCGUGGCUAAGGAUACGUUGGUUGUCGUUACAGCGAUUGUUGAUGGGUAUAAAGGCGAUGGCAUGGUUUUGAACAUGCAUAUCAAGGAUGUGGUUGGGAACGAGUAUGGAAAACCCAAGGACGUCGUGGGCGAGCAGAGAAUGGCUUUCACAUCGCAUGCUGAUGCUUUCUUCGACGUCUGCUUUGAAAACUACCUGUCUGGGACCAGGACCGUCUCACACCGUUCCCGCCACGUCGAACUCGACAUCGACAUCGGUGCCGACGCCAAGGACUGGUUGGCCGUGCAAGCGACCGAGAAGCUCAAGCCCGUCGAGACGGAAUUACGGCGCAUCGAGGAGAUGGUCGGUGAGAUCGUGGCCGAGAUGGAAUACCUGCGGAGCCGGGAGCAGAAGCUGCGGGAUACGAACGAGAGCACGAACACACGGGUGAAAUGGUUUGCGUUUGGUACGAUGGGCAUGCUGGUCGCUUUGGGAGCGUGGCAGGUUGUGUAUUUGAGGGCGUACUUCAGGUCAAAGCAUCUCAUCUAG